AUGGAUCAUAAUUCAGGAUUUUAUAGCUCAGCCCACUCAUCUCACAGCUCAUUUACACCUCAGCUUUCAAGGACAAGCGUUUCCUCUACCACUGAUUAUGCAUUUUUACGUGAAGUCUUGGAUUUUACAAAAGAAAAUAUCCCAGGUCUAAGCACGAUUAAGAAAAAUUAUUUAAAUUUUGACUUCGGGGAAGGCGAUAUUAUAGCACGAACCCAAAUGCCGGUUUCUGGCAACAAAUUUAAAGCAGUUUUUAUCGAGGAAAAUUUUAUUGAGUUUGGCAUUGAAUAUUUUGGAGUUAUAAGAAUUAUUCAUCCAGAUAUAAUUUUAGAAAUAAAUAUUCCGAAUGAGAGAAGUUAUGAUCCAGCUGGAUCUUCUCUUGAUGGCUUUGAUAAUGAAUAUUUAAAUUCUGACCAAUUUACAUUUUUGACAAGAAUUGUAGCUAUUGAAGUUAAAGCUGCAAGUUUAGGAGUUAGGGAAAAAGAUUUGGAAUUGAUAAGAAAAUCAAUCAGUCCUUUAUUGGAAUAUCAUAUGAAAAAAAAGUUCCUUAUGGAGUGAAUGAGUUUACAGGUAAAGCUUACUUGCUAUAGGAAGCUAAAACCACCAAGAUAUAGUGAAUUUUUAAGGCUGAAAACUUUUACUAACUCCCCCCCCUUUAAAUUGAAACAAAAUAUAGGUAAAAUUCCUACUUUUUUGGGAAAUUACCCCCCCUUUAAAUUGAAACAAAAUUUUAUUAUAAUAGAAAAUUUUAUAGGUAAAAAUCAUUAUUUUAUAUGUAAAUACGUUAAUACCCUAUUUAAUAUGCUUCAAACAUAUAAGAUUUAGAAAUUAAACUCUAUUUUGUCCAAUUGUUAUGGGGAGAGUUAGAAGAAUACCAUUUCAGCAAGUUUACACUUUGAGAUUGAGAAAUUUAUGAAUUAAUUUUUCAUGAAAUUCUUUAAAUUUAUAUAAUUUAUUUUCUAUAAAAUUUUAUCUCUGAAAAAAUUUUUAUAUAUAAAUUUUUUUUAUAAAAAUUUUCUUAACUCCCCUUUUAAAAUUGAAACAAAAUUUUUUGUUUCAAUUUAAAGAGGGGGGGGGAGUAAGGAGCUUAAGCUGCUUGAAGGAAGAGACCAUACGAAGGAAUAUUUAGAAAAAUGCAUGCAGUUUGAUAGGAAUUUGAUCUCCUAUGACAAAAUUUAUCCACCAAAUGCUUAUUACAAGUCACUGAUGAAGCAUGAAUUGAGUUUGCCAUAUCAAUUAAAGCUAAGAUAUGCAGAAAUCGAAACAAAUGAGUCUUUGGUAAAGUCCGCUGAAACAGCAGUUCUUACUUACCUUCCUAAAUUCACUCCUGACAUGGACGAUUAUAUUGAAAAAGGCAAAAAAUUCAGCGACCUUACGCAGACUAUUUAUGAAGUAGACCGUGGAUAUUCUAAUGGGCUUGCAAAAAUUUAUUUGCAAUAUGAGCAUGACGAGAACGAAUGCAAAGUAAUGUAA